ACUUGAAACAGUGUGUGCAGGGUGGUGGUGUUGGAUGGGAUGUAUGUUAGGGUGGUGUGUAUAAUGGGAGAGAGCACAGUGAGACGGAUGGAGGAAGACUGGGAGACACACGGCAGCGGCUUGGACGCGCUGAUGAUCGGCUACUACACUAUUUAAGGUCGCGUGUAUCAAACGGAAGAUCUGCUUUAUUACACUUUAAGAUGUCGCGACGGAAGCAGACAAAGCCGAGUCCUCUGGAAGAUCAUGAAAUGGACUUUGAGAUUUCUAGAAUUCCAGCUCCUUACGUGGAAAACGAGGAGGAAGAAAGAUUGCUGCAGGAUGACUGCGAUUAUCAAAGUGAAACCUCAGAGAGAGAAAAAAGCACAGUGGAGUCACCGAAAAUCUCUCUGCUGGAUCUCAUGAAGAAACAGAUCACUGUCAAGAGACAGAUGGAUUUCUUGGACAGUGAUGAGGAGUCUGUUGUGUCUUAUAAACUGUACCAGGAACUUCAGGAUAGCUACGUAAUGCUGAAGAAACGUUCCAGGGAGAAGGAUGUGAUGAUUGCAGAGAAGGAUGCUGCAAUUAGAAAGCUGAGCGAAAAGUGCAAAAGGAUGACGGCGGAGCUGGACAAAAUUAGACAAUUAAAUAUUUGCCUUCAAGAACAACUCUUUUUAAAAGAAGAAGGAACACAGAUACAACACACAAUUUACACAGAAGACACAGAAUCUUCAUAUGAGCACUAUGACAAUGUAUUGAUUCCUACAGUAAAGGAACUUAAAGAACCUCUGCCUGAGGAUCUCAUAGAGAGGGACUUCAGCAGGGUCGACUUAGGACAUGGGGUCCUUUUGGACAGUCAAAAGUGGAAGGCCAUCCAAAGAAUGGAUUCUCAUUCAAAGUUUUGUAAAUCAUUGGCUGUAGCCAUUUGGGGCCUUGAGACGCUGAAGGAGAGGAGCGUGACCGGAUCCAAAUCAAAUGCCAUCAAAGGGUCUGUGGCGAAGCCUCCAUUAUCACCAGAGAAAGUUGGUGUCAUUAGAGAGUGCCUAAAGGAGCGACUACAGCAGCGUGGCUAUCAGAAGGAAGAAGUCGAUGGGCAGCUGCGAUUGGUUCGGCGUUUUCUCUCAGAGAAAAUCUGCGACAUCAAAAGGAAAGUCAGCACAACUAUAGAGGGUACCAGCCCCUCCACUAGUUCACAAGGUGCACAGACCUGAAGGCUUUCUUCUACAGUGUGCCACAAGAUCUACAUCUACAAAAGACUGUGAAUGACUGUAAAGUGGGAAAGAACUUUCCACCCACUUAUGGAACAGUCUGUACACUCCAGCGUUAUCAAAUGUGAACCGCAACGCUGAUGAAUUGUCAAGUUUGAUUGGUCAUCAGAUGUUAAUGAAUUUUUAUAUAACCACAGCUCUGACAAUAGUGUCAUCUGUAUUUCAGACCAUAGGUUUAUAUUCAUUUGGUUAUUUAAAUGUGCUACAGUUUCUGUAGUUUAAUAAAAAAAAGUAAAGGAAAUGAAGGACACUUCACAAUAAUCUACAGAUAUUAAUAUAAAAUGUUGCAUAGCAAAGAAACAUUUCCAUAAUUAAAUAAUUGUUGAUGGUGGAGGUUUUUGUAUGGAAAUGCUUAUUCAAUAUCUAUUGAAGGAAUUUGGGUGACUGUUUUGUAAUGGUCAGUUUCUGCUAUAAAACAGAGAACGUACAUUUAUUUGGUUUCUUAGUAACUUCAAAGAGGAAUUUAAGAAAGACUGGUGAGUGAACUGGUUUAUAGCUGCUAUAAUGAAUUGAUAACCAGAAAUUUGUCUUGACUAUUCUAAAAUCUUAAACAAAAUAAGGUAUGAAAGGUAUAAAGGGGUAAUUAUUACUAAACUGUAAGCUUUUGGCAAAUUACUGUGGUAUUAGAGAAAUAAAACACUUUUUGACAGGCUCUUACUGGAAAAAAGUCAAUUUAGGAGCGCCAACAUGAUUACUUUACACCAGGGGUUUUCAACUGGUUCUGUGCCAGGGACCACCAUUCUGACUAACAAGUAAUCCACGGCCCACUAUUGUGUGUGUGUGUGUUGGGGGGUACUCCUUACCUGUUAGUGGGAUUUCUGGGUGUGGUGACUUUACACACAGUCUGUCUAUUCGUGGUAAUAUAGUGGUACACAUUGACAGCCUUAUAUCAUUCUCUGGUUCUAGCCUUGCCCUGUACUUGUUCUUUAGAUAUGCCAGUGUGGAAAGAACGCUCUCACAAAGGUAUGUAGUUGGAAAGGGUAAAAGACACCUCAAUGCUUUUACUGUAAGCUCUGGAAAUUCUGUCUGGCAACUUAUCCAGAACUUCAUAAGGGGUUGUGUAUCAUACAUAUGCCUCCUGACAAGAGUCUGCGGACCACAUGCAAUGCCGCCGCGGACCACCGGUUGAAAACCCCUGCUUUACACAACUACACAAACUGUGUUGUUUUAUUCCUUAUUUGUAGUUUUAUUGCUAUUUUUAUGUAAACCCAGUUUUGUCUACAUAUUGUGCUAUGUAAUGGUGUUCCUGUUUUUUUUUUUUUUUUUAAUUAUUAUCUUUUUGAAUCUACCUACCUACUUUGUAAUCCAGAAUAGUAUAUUUUACCACAUUUUAGACAAGAUGAUUUAAUUAGGUUCACAAGUCAGAAGCUUUUGAAUUUGGUAGCAUUCAUAAUUUAUAAAGAUUAAUUUGAUCAAAUAUAAUGUCACAACAUGCAACGGAAA